CAUUCGUGUAUCAAGUUGGCCAGACAUUUUCGGCGACUAUAAAUAGGCAGAUUGGCUGUGGAGAAGGUACUAGUGUUCUCACAACUUCGGUCCCAGCAACAUGAAAUUCUUCGCUAUCCUCUCGCUCGCCCUUCUGGCUGUGGCCUCCGCCGAUGUCAGCCACCUGACCAACACCUACCUGCCUCCCCACUCGGGCGCUGCAUCCACCAGCUACGAGUCCUACCAGGCUGCUCCCGUCGAGGCCGCCGCCUCCGAGACCUAUGCCGCUCCCGCCGCCGCUGCCUCCACCUACGAGAGCGAGUCCUACUCCGCCCCAGCUGCCUCCUUCACCAGCGAAUCCUAUGCCGCUCCAGCUGCCGUCGAGGCCGCCGUUGAGACCGCCGCUGAGGAGACCUACGAGCAGCCCGCUGCCAGCUAUGUGGCUCCAGUGGUGACCAAGACCACCUACUCCGCCCCAGCUGUCUCCUCGUACUCCUCCUACUCCGCUCCCGCUGUGGUGGCCAAGACCUACACCGCUCCCGUGGUGACCAAGGCCUACACCGCUCCCGCUGUUGUGAAGACCUACUCGGCUCCUGCUGUGUCCACCUACUCUGCUCCUGCCGUGUCCGGAUACUCUCAGACCUACACCGCUCCCGCUGUGGUCAAGACCUACUCCGCCCCAGCUGUCUCCAGCUACACCGCUCCCGCUGUGGUCAAGACCUACUCCGCCCCAGCUGUGUCCACCUACACCGCCCCCGUGGUGACCAAGACCUACACCGCUCCCGCUGUGGUCAAGACCUACUCCGCCCCAGCUGUCUCCAGCUACACCGCUCCUGCUGUGGUCAAGACCUACUCUGCUCCUGCUGUGUCCACCUACACCGCCCCCGUGGUGACCAAGGCCUACACUGCUCCUGUGGUGACCAAGACCUACACCGCCCCCGCCGUGGUUAAGACCUACUCCGCCCCAGCUGUGUCCACCUACACCGCUCCAGCUGUAUCCACCUACACCGCUCCCGCUGUGUCCACCUACACCGCCCCAGUGGUGACCAAGACCUACUCCGCUCCGGCUGUGUCCAGCUACUCGGCUCCCGCUGUGGUCAGCAGCUACUCCGGAUCCUCCGGCACCGUGUACGGCUCCAACGGCGGAUACGUCUACUAAAGACUGCAUCCCAAAACGAAGCUAAUCAUACGACGAAAACCUUUUUUUUUCUUACAAUAAAUCGAAUAUGCUUAAAACA